AUGUUCUACUUACAGGGUUCUCAGAUGCUUCAGUCUCUGGAGAACUCCCUGAGGAAGUAUCUCCCUGAGUCCUUAAAGGUUUAUGGGACUGUUUUCCACAUGAAUCAGGGAAACCCAUUUAAGGUCAAGGCUCUGGUGGACAAGUGGCCUGAUUUUAAUACUGUUGUUAUUCGACCCCAGGAGCAGGACAUGACAGACGACCUUGACCACUACAUCAAUACUUACUUAAUCUACUCCAAGGAUCCCAACAAUUGUCAGAUGUUCCUUGGCUCAUCAGAAGUCAUUAAUUGGAAACAACAUUUACAGAUUCAAAGUUCACAGGCAAGCCUGGACAAAGUUAUCAAAAGACUUGGAGUCAUUAAUUUGGGCAAUGUAAAGCAUACACAGUGCUUUCUCUAUAUGAUUCUUGAAACAGCAAAGAAAUUGGCUCCUUCUUUGGUGGAUGCCAAGAACGUAGUGCUCAGCAGUGACAAGGUCAAGCCCAUUAACCAAGAGUUGUUCAAAUUCGCCUCUCUGGAUGUUACACAUGCUGCACUGGUGAAUAGCAUCUGGCAUUUUGGUGGCAAUGAGAAAAGCCAGAAGUUCAUUGAGCGCUGUAUUCAUACCUUCCCCAGCUUCUGUAUUAUGGGGCCUGAAGGAAUCCCCAUGUCUUGGGCCUUGAUGGACCACACUGGAGAAAUGAGAAUGGGAGGCACCUUACCUCAGUACCGGCGCCAGGGUCUCAUUUACCAUAUUGCUUCCCACCAGAUUCAGGCUCUAGGAAAUCUCGGCUUCCCCUUGUAUGCACAUAUAGAUAAAGCUAACUUCACCAUGCAGAGAAUGGCUGCCAGGAUGGCUUAUGUCACCAUGCCCUGUACCUGGAACCAAUGGAAUUAUGUGCCUCAAUAA